AUGGCGGUAACGAGUGGAGUGUCAUUUAUCCUGUCAUCCAUAUUCACAGUAAUUUUAUUUUCUGGAAUGCAAAUGUACAAAAGCUGGCUGACUUCUUCCCAACUGCAUACGAUUUUUGGUGGUUAUUUAGGAUCCAUGCUUUUUAUUUUUAUUUUAACAGCCGUAGGAAAUCUAGAGUCUUCAAUAUUUGGAAAAAAUUUCCAAUUAAAAUUAUUCCCCGAAGUAUUUAUAUCAUUAUUGUUUUCAAUGACUGCGUCAGGUUUAGUUCAUCGAGUGUCUACCACUACGUGUUUCCUCUUCUCCAUGGUAGCACUCUAUUACAUUAAUAAGAUAUCUCAAGAAAAUUAUUCAGCUCCAAUUACAACAACAACGUUGCAUACAAAAAAGAAAAACUUCGUCCUGGUCGCUGAAAUAUUCAAAGGCUUCGUCAUUGGUAUGAGAACUAAUGGUGUUCUUGGAACCAAUUUCUCCGUUUUGCGGUAAAAGUUGUUUGUAAAUAGACAUUGCUUGAGCGACUAAACCCGAAACAUUGCCGACAUUACUCGGCAAAAUUAAAGUGUUAUUUGUUUUGGCUAAGUUGCUGAAAGCGUGAACGUACUGCUCAGCGACAUUCAAGGCAGCGGCGUUUUUUCCAUCCUCGUGACCUAAAGCUUUAGCGACGAUCUGAAGUGCUUGGGCACGAGCUUCAGCGACCGCCAGCAAGGCAUUUGCUUCUCCACUGGCCUUGUUUAUUUGCUCUUGUUUUUCAGCUUCAGACGCUAAUAUUCUCGCCUGACGUUUACCUUCAGCGACGUUUAUGUCUGCUGAUCUUAUUCCCUCGGAUUCUAAAAUUGCAGCACGUUUUUUACGCUCGGCUUCUACUUGCAUCUGCAUUGCUUCUUGGACUCUGGAUGGCAAUCGGAUAUCACCUAC